UGGGAAAAUCAUCACGGGUCGUGCCAAAUGUCACACGACAAAAAUGUGUUAGAUUAGGACGACGGUACACGUUCCUCAGUUCAUCCAUUGACGUUGGUUCACUACGUCAUUACAUUGCAGUGCAAUGUUGGAAAAUAUAUUGACUACAUUUUCAAUAGAUUGUAAAUGGAUAUGCAAUCCCUCUUUGAGAACCGAAUCUGUAGAUUAGUAUAUGUACAUAGAGAAAACAUUUAACUAAGAUCGUCGUUAAUCAUUUUACUGUUAAUCCUGAAAACCAUAACUGCUCCACCUUGAGAUUUCACAUUGCAAUUUGUAAUCUUCGUCAUUCUUAUUCGUAGAUGUCUUCAUGAGUCGUACAAAACACCGCAGCGCCAACGUACAUUACCUAACCGGUCAAUUCGCCAAUCACAAAUUCUACUACCGAUUCACGUCAACAAAGAGAUGUACGACUUGUCAUCGCUCGUAGCUAAAAUCGCCAGUAUAUGACAGGGUCUAUACUAGUAUAUUUUGUAUUUAGUUUGAUAAUUACAGAUACACAGUUUUGUACGAAUUCAAGAUAAAACAAAUAUUGGUGACAUUUCAUAGUAAAGCAAACAGCAAUUAGGGGGACAACUAAAUUUAGAAUAAAAUAUUCCCUCACGUACCUGAAACAGGAAAACAAGACAUAAUCCAAAUAAUGCGCUACGGCUCAUUCUUGGUUGAUAUGUUAACUGUGGUAAUAUACGGAACUCUUUUUAAAAAACACGAUUGGGUAGAAUACAGAAGAGCUGAUCAAUGAUAUCGGUUUUCGGAAAAUGGUUGUACUUUCUUCGAUUGAACUAAACUGGAAAAUCCAUUUCAGUUUGGUCUAAUUUUAAAUGUCUAAACGUAGUGAAUAAACAUAUUAUUGACGACGAACUUUACGCAUUUAGCCAUAUCAGGAUUAGAUCUUACGUAAUUGGUAUUGAUCUACCAUUAUUCAUAGGUAGUCAGUCCUUGCAUAUACACCGGAAGCAAUAAAGUACAACAGCAUUUCAGUCACAAAUGAAGUAUGGCGGAACACAUCGAAUUACCAUUAUGUGAAGGAGAGCCCAGCGCCAAAUCUCGUGGGACAAUCCAAGAAGAUAACGAUUCUAUUUCAAGUGUCACGUGUACAGGAGAAAACCAAAGUUUAUUACAAAAUAGAUACAUUGAGGGUCAUGGCGAUGAUGACAUUGAUGUUCUUAUUGAAGGAAAAUUCGAUGAUCUUCCCCCUGGUAAAAAAUACCAUAUAUUCAUCGCACAUUCUGCCUUAGAUGGUGAUCAGGCUCUACAAAUAUGUAAGGAACUUGAGAGUAGAUUCCUGUUAAAGUGUAUGUAUUUUGACCGUGACUUCACGCCUGCCAAGAGAAUUGACGAGAAUAUCCAGCAUGAGAUGGAAAAGAGUGUCAAAGUUUUAUUAAUUCUAAGCCCGGAUUUUCUUGAUAGCCAUUGGUGUGACAUGGAGGCCCGGUUAGCCGUUCAAAUGUCCUUCGAUCGGGCUUUCAGUUUGAGAAUAAUACCACUGAUAUUACGGGAUAUAGAUGCAGACAAAGAUUUGCCUCCAUUUUUAAAGCCGUAUGUCUGUAUUGAUGCGAGAAAAGAAUACGAUUCUGUUGCAAAAAUCCACGAGGCUUUCUACCAUUCAGGAGUUGUUGAUGCUGCCCAUCAAGCAGAACUAGAGUCUAAAUUUGCUGAGGAUAACCGAAAUCAGAACGGGGCCCAUUUGUUGGAGUUGGAAGGGAAAAUGAUGAAGUCUGCAUGCUUUAAUGCAUCCCACUUUGAAUUUCCAGAUUUAACAGAGCGUGAUUACUCGUGCAUGGGCUCUAUAGAGGCUCAGAACCAGCUAGAACGUAGUAUUGAUGUUGUGAAUUCAUCGUGCUUGAUGAGGAACUACAGGAUAUUUAAAAAUGGCAUGUUCCAGUAUGGCAUAUCCUUAUUGAUGAGUCUGUUAGUGGCUUUUUUGUACAUAACUGUCGGUCUAUCGGAGACGUUUGGCAGUAGAGACGUAAACGACAUGUGGAAUACGCAUGUUAAUCCGGGAAUCUUUCUGCUGUUCAUUUCCUUUCCCUUGAUUAUAUUCAUUCUAAGAAAGUUUCGAAAUAAGCUGAUAUCCCUUCUUCGUAAGAGUAUCUGGGACAGGAAUUUGAUAUAUUUUGACGACACCAUGUGCCUGGUAUUACUAGAUGUCACAGACUUGGGAAUUCCAAAACUAACCACAAUACGAUACGAUAUAUCAGCCUGCCAGGAAUAUACAUCCUUGCUCUUGACGAAGAAGAGUUUAGUGAAACAGGAAGUGUUUGAUGACAUACAAUUUCAGGCCAGAGCAAAGGCCAUGAUUCUUAGAAAGCUUCUGGAGUGGAAUGAGCGUGGACGCCUGGUGAACUGGCAGUAUAUGGAGAGCGGGGCUUAUAACCGACAUAAUACUUGGUUAAGAAAAUCUUGUGUUUGUCAAGUCUUGGAAAAAGAUAUAAUCACACGUGACGUGGCCUCUAGAAAAUAAACAGAAUUAGAGAUUGCGAUGGUUAUUUUUCCACUUGUUUCUUUUUAAUUCUCAUCUGUACAAUUUGAGUUUUACUAUUAAUUUCUAAAUGACAUUGUAAUUCAUUUACAUGAAUGUAGACGACAAAAUAAAUAUAAUUCCUUAUUA